AGCAUCUUAUAGUAUUUUUAGUAGCUUCAUUCCCUUCUUUUGCUCAGAUCAAAGUCUUCUCUCCCUCUCUCUCUCUCUCUCUCUCUCUCUCUCUCUAUCUCUCUCCUCUGCACAUUUCUUGGUUCUCUCUUCUUCUUCUUAUGCUCUGUUUUCUUUAAAAGACAGAAGAGAGAGAGAGACAACUGAGUGUAACAGAGUACUUAAAAGAAGAACCGAGUUAGAGGAACUUAAAAGGGACAAAAAAACCAAGUUUUGGUUCUUUCUUGCUUCUGAUUCCUUCUUCUCACCUUCUUCUCCUCCUCCUAAAGAGAAAAACAUCUAGAAGAAGCCAAACAAAGAGAAAAAAAGAAUGUCGGAAGGAGUAGAAGCAAUAGUAGCGAAUGACAACGGAACAGAUCAGAUAAACGGAAACAGAACAGGAAAAGAUAACGAAGAACACGACGGUUCAGGCAGUUCUGCCCUAAGCAAUUUCCUGUGGCACGGUGGUUCUGUUUGGGACGCUUGGUUCAGCUGCGCAUCUAACCAGGUGGCGCAAGUGCUACUGACGUUACCGUACUCGUUCAGUCAAUUAGGGAUGUUGUCGGGAAUAGUACUUCAGAUCUUCUAUGGUUUACUCGGAAGCUGGACUGCUUAUCUCAUCAGUGUUCUCUACGUCGAGUACAGAGCUCGUAAGGAAAAAGAAGGCAAAAGCUUCAAAAACCACGUCAUUCAGUGGUUUGAAGUACUCGAUGGAUUACUUGGUACCUACUGGAAAGCAGCAGGACUCGCAUUUAAUUGCACUUUCCUCUUGUUCGGAUCUGUUAUCCAACUCAUUGCUUGUGCCAGUAACAUUUAUUACAUAAACGAUCACUUGGACAAGAGAACAUGGACUUACAUAUUCGGCGCGUGUUGUGCAACCACUGUGUUUAUACCUUCGUUUCACAAUUACCGUAUUUGGUCAUUCCUCGGUCUUGGUAUGACCACUUACACUGCUUGGUACUUAGCCAUUGCCUCCAUCAUCCAUGGCCAGACGGAAGGUGUGAAACACUCAGGUCCAACAAAGCUAGUGCUUUAUUUUACCGGAGCCACAAAUAUUUUGUACACCUUUGGAGGUCACGCGGUUACUGUUGAGAUUAUGCAUGCGAUGUGGAAGCCUCAGAAGUUUAAGUACAUUUACUUGAUGGCGACGUUAUACGUUUUCACACUAACGAUUCCAUCCGCUGCCGCCGUUUACUGGGCCUUCGGAGACGCACUCCUCGACCACUCGAACGCGUUCUCUCUCAUGCCCAAGAACGGGUGGCGUGAUGCUGCCGUUAUCCUCAUGCUCAUUCAUCAGUUUAUAACGUUCGGAUUCGCAUGUACGCCAUUGUACUUUGUUUGGGAGAAAGUGAUAGGGAUGCAUGACACAAAGAGCAUUUGCUUAAGGGCUUUGGCUCGAUUGCCUGUGGUUAUACCGAUUUGGUUCUUAGCUAUUAUUUUCCCCUUUUUCGGUCCCAUCAAUUCCGCGGUUGGUGCUCUUCUCGUUAGCUUCACCGUCUAUAUCAUUCCUUCCCUUGCUCACAUGCUCACUUACCGAUCUGCCUCCGCUCGUCAGAAUGCGGCUGAGAAGCCACCGUUCUUUAUGCCGAGCUGGACUGCGAUGUACGUGUUGAAUGCUUUCGUGGUGAUUUGGGUUCUCAUUGUGGGAUUCGGGUUCGGUGGAUGGGCUAGUGUAACCAACUUUGUUCGUCAAGUCGAUACUUUUGGUCUCUUUGCUAAGUGUUACCAAUGUAAACCAGCUGCAGCCGCUGCGCAUGCUCCCGUCUCCGCUUUACACCACCGUCUUUGAGAGAUGGAGCCAAAGGGUCUAAACGCUUUUGUGGAGGGUUCUUAAAAAAAUUAUUUGUUCUUCUUUUGUGUUUUGUGUUCGUUCGUAUACGUGAGGGAGUAAAAGUCACGAAAAUAGUGUUCUUUUUACACACCCCUUUUUAAAUGCGUGCUAAGCUCUUAAUUUUUUUUUCCUUCUCUUUUGGGGUUUUGUAUUUUUGUUUUCACUCCUUAGUUGUUUAAUUGAAUAGUCGAUAAUAUAAUGUAGUGUGUGAUUUCUUAAUUUGGUAUUGUUAAAACCAUAGGCUAAGAAAUGUAUCGUCUUCUCUA